AAUCAGUUUCUCAAACAGUUAGGUAUACAUCCUGACUGGCAAUUUGUAGAUGUUUAUGGUAUGGAACCAGAACUGCUUAGCAUGGUGCCAAGACCUGUCUGUGCAGUGCUACUUCUCUUUCCAAUAACGGAGAAGUAUGAAACCUUCAGAACAGAAGAAGAGGAGAGAAUAAAAGCUAAGGGGCAAGAUGUCAAAUCAUCAGUGUAUUUCAUGAAGCAGACCAUUAACAAUGCUUGUGGAACAAUUGGGCUAAUUCAUGCUAUUGCAAAUAACAGAGAUAAAAUGAACUUUGAAACUAAUUCUUCACUGAAAAAGUUCCUAGAAGAUUCAUUAUCUAUGACUCCUGAAGAAAGGGCCAAAUACCUAGAAACUUAUGAAGCUAUUCGUGUCACUCAUGAAUCCAGUGCCCAUGAAGGUCAGACUGAGGCACCAAGUAUAGAUGAAAAAGUAGAUCUUCACUUUAUUGCAUUAGUUAAUGUAGGUGGUCAUCUCUAUGAAUUGGACGGGCGCAAGCCAUUUCCAAUAAACCACGGGGAAACUAGUGACGAUUCUUUUUUAGAGGAUGCAAUAGAAGUUUGCAAGAAAUUCAUGGAACGUGACCCAGAAGAAUUAAGAUUUAAUGCAAUUGCACUGUCUGCAGCUUAAAAGCCUUUUCCAGUGGGGAUAAUCUAUUGCAAUGUAUUGUAACAAUAAAACUGUUGCCAUAUGUUAAUAGUACAAAUUUUGAUACUUCCCUAACAUGUUGAUUAAUUGUAGCAUACAUGGAAUAAACUUUGCAUUUGUCCUUGCUGUAUCUUGCUGCUUGUUCCUAAAGCAACUUCGGGUAUUUGUAUACACGCAUGCAUUUUGUGCAAGACUUCUAUGUGGUGGGUUUUUCUCCUUCCACCCCCUUAAAAGCUGUGGGAGUUACUGUCUGUGAUGUUUCAUCAUAAUAAUGAUGAGCUAGUUCAGAGCAGGAUUAUCAUUUGUAUCAUUCACAGAUAACAUUCUGAGUGGAGUAUGUGGUAUGUUAACGGU